AUGGCUCCGCACGAUGAGCUCGCGUCGCGGAUGAAGAGCUACGAGACGGCGACCGAUAUCCAACUCCCGGCGGACAAGCCCGCCAUAAUCCGCAUUGACGGUCACGCGUUUUCGACUUUCACGCGUGGUUUCGAGAAACCGUUUGACGAGCGAAUCCACACUGCGAUGGCUGCCACCGCCUCUGACCUGCUUGCCCAUUUCCCCGCAGCCACUGUCGCCUACACAAACUCUGACGAAAUAACCCUUGUCUUCCCUAACGGUGUCAAAGAAUUUAAAGGCCGUGUUGCAAAACUGGGCAGUCUUGCUGCUGGCCUCGCGUCAGCCCGCUUCAACCACCAUCUUGUUCACACCUGCACAAAACCCGUGCCGCCAGAAAAGGUAGGCACCGCGCACUUUGACGCACGUGCCUUCACCCUCCCCUCGGUCGACGAAGUCCUCCACAAUCUCAUCUGGCGCGCUAAAAUCGACGGGCGGAGAAACAGUAUCUCGGGGUUUGGGCGGUCCUUCUUCACCACCAAACAGCUGCAUGGUUUGGGCUCGAAUGCGAUCGUGGAAAAGGUGUUGAGUGAAAAGGGCAUUGACUACUGGACGAGCACGCCGACCUGGGCAAGAUAUGGUACUACAGUCAAGCGAGAAAAGUUCUUGGGCACGGGAGUAGACGGGCUAACGGGCGAGCCGGUCACAAUGACGCGGACCCGCAUGAAAAUGCAAGAUACUCAGUGGUGGGAGUUCAAUGAAGACAACCUCUUGCUCAUAACAGACAAAUUUUGGAAGUAA